AGCAGGUAACGCGAGAGAGAGAGAGAGAGAAACAGAGGAGUUGAGGGGGGGAAAGAAUCUCCCCUCCCCCGAGCGGCCGUAAAGGAAGCCGCGGCAUCGGCGGCUCGAGGACGAGCGACAAUAACCACGGCAGCAACAGCGGCGGUGGCUCCUUCGUACUCUCGCGAGACUUGGUGGCUCACCUUCUCCCCUCACUUUUCCUACCUUUCCCUACUCUGCCCCUCCCCCCCAGCCGAGAAGCGGCGCCCCUUCGCUGUGGGGAGGAGGAAGAGGAGAGGGAUGGGGAGCCGGGCCUAGGGAGAGGGGCCUUGCUUGAUUCUGAAGAGGGUGCGAGGACUCCCCGUGUAGAAGCACGUCGGCCCAGGCCGAGCGGCCCCUGCGGGGCUGCCCAAGGAACCAGGCCGUAAGGAGGGAACGGUGUGUAAGAGUCGCCUCUCCUUCCUCAGGAACCGAAGGAGGGUUGGGACUGACGAGUAAAUGCAGCCCUCGCUCUUCUUUCUCUAGAGUGAGUAGGGACGGGGUCCCCUUGCCCCUGGGGGCCUAGAAAGAAGAAGGGGCUGGUGCUUGGACAAUCCUUCUUAAGAGGCUUGGGGGCGAGUGGGGUCUCAGAAACUCUCCCGGGAGGGUUCUGAAGCAAGGGGGGGGAGGUAGGACGACCCUAGACCUCCCCCCACACAGGGGUGUUUAUGUUCUGAAGUUAGAGACCUAGGACUAAGGAAAGGGUGGGUGCGUAAUCAGGGUCUUAACUGUCCAUCCUUUCCAUCCUAACCUGGAUGCUUGGGAGUAGGUGAUCUGGCCAGAAUUACCUGUCCUCUGUUCAAAGGAUUUAGGAGAGCUCUGUUCAGAAAUCUCUCUGUGAAACAGCUGAUCCUAAGGGCCAAACGUUUUAAUUCUGAUCUUAUAGCCCUCUAUGCAAACCUAAUCCUUUGUUUAUUGGCCACAUUUUGCCCACAUGUAGAAGUGGAAAAGGUGGGUUGGAUGUAGGAGAAAGGUUAGAAAAAGGGAGAGCAACCCCUUGGUGGUGGAAGGGAGUGACAAGUGUUAGCGAUUUAGGGGGGUUGGAGGCUUGCCCCCCUCUUUUCAAGCACAGUGGAGAAGGAAUGCCAAACCCAGAGAAACAUGGGGGCAAGAAAGAUGCGGGAGGAGGUGGGUCCUUGCAUCAGGAGGCAGUGUCGAGUAGUGGGAGCUCAAACAGCAAAGACAGGCACCGGCUUGCCAAGCACAAAAGACACAAGUCCAGGCAUUCCAAAGACUCACCUUUGGGUUCCCAAGAAGCAGCCGCAUCACUGGGCAGCAUGAUCAAGCCACUCGUGGAGUAUGAUGACAUCAGCUCUGAUUCCGACACCUUUUCAGAUGAAGCAGUACUCAAGCUGGAACGCCGGGAGAAUGAUGAGAAGAAAGGGGUAUCGGAGAGGAGUGACCGGUUCCACAGGCAUCGCCAUCACCAGCACAGGCGUGUUCGUGAGCUGAUGAAAAGCAAGCAAGUGGAGAAGGAAAAGAGGAUGGAGAGGAACCAAGAAUCCUCGGGCAAGCUGAGUUCUGCUAAAGACAGGAUGUCCGGAAUUUCCAAAAGACUCCAUGAGGAGAAUGACUCCUCAAAGUUAUCCAAGAGCAGUAGCAAGGAGUCCCGCUCAGCGAAAUUGCAUAAGGAGAAGUCUAGGAAAGAGCGGGAGGCAAAAUCUGGACACAAAGAACGCAGCAAAAGCCACCGGAAAAGGGACGCUCCUAAGAGCUACAAAUCAGUUGGUAGCCCAAAACGGAAAUCUAGGAGUCCCCACCGCAAAUGGUCAGACAGCCCAAAGCAGGAUGACAGCCCUUCAGGGGCAUCAUACACCCAAGACUAUGACCUAAGCCCUCCUCGUUCGCACACAUCUAGUAACUACGAUUCCUACAAGAAGAGUCCCAGUGGGUCCUCGCGGAGGCCAUCAGCUAGCCCACCAUACAAGGAGCCUGCUGCAUAUCAGUCCAGUGUGCGCUCUCCUAGUCCUUAUGGGAGGCGGCAGCGAUCUGUCAGCCCAUACAGUCGGAGACGCUCAUCCAGCUAUGAGAGAGGAAGUGGAUCAUAUAGUGGACGGUCCCCCAGUCCAUUCAAUCGAAGGCGCUCCAGCAGUCCUUUUAUCUCCAAGCGGUCACUGAGCCGGAGUCCUGUGUCCAGGAAACCUGUGAAAUCCCGAAGUAGAAGUCCUGCUUAUUCAAGGCAUUCAUCAUCUCAUAGCAAGAAGCAGAGAUCUGGGUCCCGCAGUCGCCAUUCCAGUAUCUCACCUGCUCGGCUACCGUUGAACUCCAGUCUGGGUGCUGAGCUGAGCAGGAAAAAGAAGGAGAGAGCUGCAGCAGCAGCUGCCGCCGCAAAAGUUGAUGGGAAGGAGACCAAGGACUCUCCUAGUUUUUUGUCUAGGAAAGAGAACAGCUUGGCUGAAGUUAAAGAGCUGGCUGCAGAGGCCAAGAAGGCAAAAACAGUAAAGUCUGAAAAGUGUCCUUCUGAUGUGGAGCCAGCAAAUGUGCUUCAGCACAAUGCAGAGUCAAAAACUGCUGCUGAUCCCAUAAAAGCAAAGGCAGUAGAGAACUCUGAGAGGAAACUGCCUGCUCCACUGAAAGACUUGAAAGCAAUGGGAACAAAAGAUGUGAAGCCUAUUAUUGCCAAGGAGGAAACUGUGACUCCCAAGGAAACAGAGACUGCUGAAAAGGAGGCCCCACCUCCUUUGCCUUCUGCAAAAUCACUACCUCCCCUGCCUGCAUCAUCACCCCCUCCUCAGGCUCCGCCCCCCUUGCCUCCUCUGCCUCCAUCGCUGGUGGUUCCCCCUCUGCCUCCUGCCCAGGCAUCCACUGUUCACACCCCUGCUUCAGUCCCUUCAUCUGUGCUUGCCUCUGCCCACUCCAAGACAUCUCUGUCUACUCAGGCCAACUCUCAGCCUAAUGCGCAGUCCUCGUUAAAAGUGCAUGUCUCAGUGACUACAGCUGUCCCUCAUCUGAAGACAUCAACAUUGCCUCCACUUCCUUUCCCGCCUGUCCUGCCGGGGGAAGAUGACAUGGAUAGUCCAAAGGAGAUUGUUCCUCCGAAACCUGUGAAGAAGGAGAAAGAGCAAAGACCACGACACUUGCUCAUGGACCUCCCACUCCCCCCAGAGCUUCCUGGUGGAGACCCUUCACCUCCUGAGUCUCCAGAACCAAAGGCAGCCACACCACCUCAGCCACCACUGAGAAAGAGACCAAAAAUCUGUUGUCCUCGUUAUGGUGAGAGGAGACAAACAGAAAGUGACUGGGGAAAGCGUUGUGUGGACAAAUUUGACAUCAUUGGUAUUAUUGGCGAGGGGACGUAUGGGCAAGUGUACAAAGCCAAGGACAAGGACACAGGUGAGUUGGUUGCUUUGAAGAAAGUGCGGCUAGAUAAUGAAAAGGAGGGCUUCCCUAUCACAGCAAUUCGUGAAAUCAAGAUACUCCGGCAGUUGAUCCACCGCAGUGUUGUCAACAUGAAAGAAAUAGUCACGGAUAAACAAGAUGCACUGGAUUUCAAGAAGGACAAAGGUGCCUUUUACCUUGUGUUUGAAUAUAUGGACCACGACCUCAUGGGAUUGCUAGAAUCUGGAUUAGUGCAUUUCUCUGAGGACCACAUCAAGUCUUUCAUGAAGCAGUUGAUGGAGGGGCUGGACUACUGUCACAAAAAGAACUUUCUGCACCGAGACAUCAAGUGCUCCAACAUCUUAUUAAACAACAGUGGGCAGAUCAAAUUGGCAGACUUUGGACUUGCCCGGCUCUACAGUUCAGAAGAAAGCCGUCCAUACACGAAUAAAGUCAUUACAUUAUGGUAUCGACCACCUGAGUUGCUGCUAGGUGAAGAACGUUACACACCAGCUAUAGAUGUCUGGAGUUGUGGGUGCAUCCUUGGGGAACUAUUUACAAAGAAGCCUAUUUUUCAAGCCAAUCUUGAGUUGUCCCAGCUUGAAUUAAUCAGCCGACUCUGUGGGAGUCCCUGCCCAGCAGUAUGGCCAGAUGUCAUCAAACUACCUUACUUCAACACCAUGAAACCGAAGAAGCAAUACCGUAGGCGUCUGCGGGAAGAGUUUUCCUUCAUUCCUUCUGCUGCCCUUGACCUGUUGGACCAUAUGCUGACGCUGGACCCCAAUAAACGAUGCACAGCAGAGCAGGCCUUGCUGAGUGAUUUUCUGAAAGAUGUUGAUGUUAGCAAGAUGGAUCCUCCAGACCUCCCUCACUGGCAAGAUUGCCAUGAGCUAUGGAGCAAGAAACGUCGACGGCAAAGGCAGAGUGGUAUCAUAUUAGAAGAGCCUCCUUUAGCAAAAGUUUCUCGGAAGGAGACAGUCUCCACAAUAAGUGCAGACACCAUCAAGAAUCACAGCAGUCCAGCACACCCACCACCUGCCCAGAUCAAAACACACCCAAGUACCGGAGACUCACUUGCUGGGCUCGGUGACAUCACGCAACAGUUGAACCAGAGCGAGCUGGCUGUCUUGCUGAACUUGUUGCAGAGCCAGACGGACCUCAGCGUCCCACAGAUGGCCCAGUUGCUCAACAUCCACUCAAACCCAGAAAUGCAGCAACAGCUGGAGGCCCUCAACCAGUCCAUCAAUGCUCUGAAUGAAGUCACCACGACCACACAGCAAGAUUCUCAGAAAGCCACUGAAGAGGAAGCAGCUGUCGAGGAGCCACCGCUGCCACCAGCCCAGCCGCCUGAGGAGCAAGGCACCCCAGAAGCAGCUGGCUCUCAGGGAGACAUGCAGAAUGUUCUGGCAGUGCUGCUGAGCCAACUCAUUAAGAACCAGGAGUCUGCAGCCAGCGGAGAGGAGAGCAAUAGCGAGAAGAGCAGCGAGUUGCGGGGGCCACAGAAAACCCCCACUAUGCCUCAGGAGGAAACUGCAGCCUGUCCUCACAUUCUCCCACCAGAGAAGAGACCCCCUGAACCUCCUGGACCACCACCGCCACCAAAUCUGGCCGAGGAAAACAUCUCCAACGCAGCUCAGGAGUUGAACCCAGCUGUUACAGCUGCCCUCCUCCACCUUUUAUCCCAGCAAGAGGCAGGGCCGCUGAGCCACCCAAAGCAUGAACCCCAACCGGCGAGGCCCUCCUCGGAUUACGCCAGGUCACAACCCUCAGCCAGGACUUAUGGCACCGAUGGGCCAGAGGGCAGCGGCUUUGAUGUUGACGAACGGAAUUCCAACCAGACUUUAACAGAGACAUCACCCCAGACUUUGGGGAAAAGUAGGACCUUUCUGGGCUCCACAAGUCACCUUGGGGAGACAAGCAGCUACCAGGGUGCAGGAUCUGUUCAGUUCCCAGGGGACCAGGACCUCCGUUUUACUCGAGUCCCUUUAGGGGUACACUCUGCUGUCGGGCAGUCCUUCGUCAAAACUGAGGGAAGCAACAACACACUGGCGCACCUAGAGGCCAAAAUUCACAACUACAGCGAGGUGGGAGUGACAAACACUAGUUCUAGUGAUGCAGGAACAAGUCACACCUGGGGGAAUCCAACCCUGGCCUCUGCUUAUGGAAAAGCCUUUCGCGGGUCAAGUAGAGUGCCCCCGAGAGGGGGACGAGGAAGAGGGGUACCAUAUUAAAUGACUGCAGGGGGUGGCGUCUUUGGAGAGGGGUGGCAUUGGAUUGCUGUCUUGACUCUUGAAAGCAUCCAGUUUGCUAGGGCAAACCACACCUCCUGUCUGUGGCCUCCACACAGAAAAAUGGUUUAUUGUUGGUAUUUCUUUUUCUUUUUGUUCACUAGGCUGCUGUCAGCCUGUUCUCCCCCUUCCCCCAUCCUGCCCUUGCCCUCAGAGACUUUAAAAUGAAUUUCUUUGUCCUGAGUUGGAAUCUGUCCAUUCUUAAAAGACCUAAUUUGAGUUUGAUGUGGUGAGUUUUCCCACUCAGAGAUGGGGAAAGGAGACCUUAAAAUUAGUUAUAAUUAAAUUGGGAAAUAUGAACUGAAUGUGUUUUCUAGCCUGGAGCCAGAAUAUCUGGAUGAAAUAAAUUGGCACCCUGGUCUAUAAAUGCAGCAGAAUAAGGUGGCAGAAUGAGUGACUGGCUGCACUUCUUUGCCUCCUCCAUUAAAAAAAAACAACUCCCUGCACAUCUGGGGGAGAGGUGUUUACUUGAUCCCCUUCUUGUGUUAGCUUACUGCCAGGAAGGAGGGUUUUGAUGUGGAGUGGGGAGAGCCUUGCAAAAAGAUGUGAUUUCUUCAACUGCUUACACCCUAUUUUGCCACCUCAUUCCAUUUCAUGUGUAGAUCCAGGCUCAGUAUUGCAGAGGCGAUGUGUGUUUUUGUUUUUCCCCCUUGCCUCCUUGAAUUUCAAGGUUUGUCAGAUGGUGCCUAUAUGCCUUUUAUACUGAAUUAAGAGAAUUUGAUUCGUGUUGCAUAAGAUUUGGGACACACAUGCCCCCUUAAGCUGCAUUUUCUUCAUCUGGAAAGACAGGGUGCUACAUUAUUUCAGGGUGAACUGCCCCCUGUUUUACUGUGAAAGGCCCUGUGUUGUCAUCUUCACCUUCCAAACUUUAGUUAAACUGACUUUCUGUAGCAUCUGGAAGUCUGCUGACUUUUGGAUGGGUUUAGGUUUUUUUUCCUCUUUAAGAAUGGCAAGUGUCUUUGUUGGAAGUUCUUCAGGCCAAAGUAAAUGGCUAAAAUAAAAAAAAACCAAAAACUUUGUAAUCUUUAAAUUCUUGGGGGUGGAAGGAGUUUCAAAACUGAAGCCAGAGGGAACCUCAAUAAAUGGGGUUAAUGUUUUAAGUUUAUUCCAGCUUCUCAGAGACUGGUCUCUCAAGUGAUUUUGCUGUUAGCAAUGUUAAGAAAGCCUUUGCAAGUUUUCUUAGUGAAAAUAUCUUACUUUUGUUUUAAAAAAUGAUUUAGGUGUGUGUAAGAGCAAGGGCAUGCACACUUGUUGAGGGUUACAGUCUUGAACCGUAAAACACAAUGCAGAAACUUGGGUGAUUAUAAUUCUUGGCUGGAAAAAUUUAUUUUCUCCCUUCUCUCCCCCCCCCCCCUUUUUUAAACUGGCAGUGUUCAAAGGGAGAAAUGUGUCUGGAAUUGGAGGUUGGGAGAGAGUGUGUUCUGGCUCUGACUUGCUCAACAAAAAAAAUGACUUAUUUUCUUUUUAUUAUACAAAAGGAAACAGCUGCCCAACUGGGUAGUUAAUUGCUGCUGAGGGUGGGAAACAUAAUAUGCCUUAUAAGUACGACCGGACAAGAGACACAGAGACUUGUAGGGGGGAGGGGAGGUGUUGAAAUAACUUUUAGGAAGGGUUGUGUGGAGGAGGGCAAUAUUAACUGUAAUAUAUUAUUCCCCCUUCUACAAACUAAAAAAAACCUUAUUGAUGCUACAAAGUGUAGUAAGUUUGCAAAUUCCAAGUGUAAAUUGUAUGUGUAUUUUUUUUAUUCAGUUGCCAGUUCCUGCCUAAGAUGCAAAACAGAAAGUACUGUACGUGCUGAGUAUGGUAAAUAAAAAGGAGAGGCUUCUCCCAGGCAUUUAUUUAAACACUUCUUUUCCCCUUCUUUUUCAGUAAGCAGUUUGCUAAUGUCCUUGAUAUUUUUACAGUCCUGGAGUUCUCCUCAGACAUGUCUGCUCUCUUCUGUCCUCUACUCAAAGAAACUGAUGGGCUGUUCAGCCAUGUCAAUUUUCUGCAGUCCUGUCAUAAGCCUAUAAACCAGUUCACCUAAAUGAGACUACCUACCCCCUCUUUUGCAGGGUCUCAAAGAUGCUGACUAAAAUCUCACUUGCAUUAAUCCCUGCAGAAUGCUUCCUCCAAGGCAGGAGUUUGCUUCAGAGGUUGCAUUCAGUAGGGAGGAGGAUGUCUGUUACUCUUACCUCUGUUACAGUUAUCCUAACCCUGCAUCCCUCCAUGCCCAUUCCAGUUCAGUGUAUAAGGCUUGUGGCAAUCUUAAUGUGUUUGCAUGAUCCAACCAAUUUAGCAUUUAGCCCAGCAAGGGUAUCUUCUUGAAUCUUAACAGGAUCAACAAAGGGUUCAAGGUAGGUUGUGAAUACCAGUUCCCUUCUCUCAUAUACCAGCCAUAUCAGUUUUCAUAUGUGGUUGCCUUUUUUGAUGUAUCUAAGCCACUGCUUCUUAAUUAAAUUAUUGUGUGGAAUAGCCUCUGUCCUGUGGCCUUGUUACAUGAGGGCCACCACAUGCCCUAUGUAACUACUUGCUGUUUACUGGGUUGAGAGACCCCCAGUGUCAACAAUUGUGUAUGCAACUGUAGGGUGUUGUGCAUUGAAAGGAGGCAGGGUUUAAGUGGUGGUAGUUAAUAAGAGAAAACAGAGGUAAUAGAAGGCACUGAAAGAGUAGGAGGGAAGGUUCUGAAAGAACCACAUGAAUUGAACUGCAUUUUUUAUUUUUUAAGAAUUUUGACCCAUAAGACAGGAAAUAACUGAAUACACUGCUGCACUGACGUAAAUGUAAAAAUUGAUGGAAAAUGGCAAAUGCAUUGAGCAGCAAAAAGGUCAGGAUAUCGUACAUGUAUUUCCAUUGUUUCUCAUGGGAAAACACAAUGGAGUGUCAGGUGCCACUGGUAUAACUUUGGUAUCACUGCACAUGUAGGAUAUUUUUCUGUGCAGGUGGUUGAUUCCAUGCAUCCGCAUUUGUGAACCAGCCCCUAGUGGUGAUAACAUCAAGUUUACAACUAAUUAGUUCAAUAUUCUGUUGUCGAUAAUCGCCAGCUAGAUUUCUCCAUGCCCUUCAUAAGCAUAACGGGAUAUGACUAGCUGUCGUCUGAUGAUUUUCUUUCAUCAGAACUGUCCAUACUGCCUCUGUACAUGGAGGUUCUAUUAUUCACUUCAUGAUACACAUCCAUUAACAUCUCCACUCCCAUGAACUUGUCCAAUUGUUUUUCACAUACAACCUGACUAAACAAGUGGCCAGCACUGCACCUUGUAAGUUAAGUUAAUGAUGAGUUGUAUGGGCUACUUCCUUUAAUCUAUUGUGAAGCUCCUUUUCAGUUGCUACUAGUGGCUAAGUAAGAGUUCUCUAUGUUCAGUUCCAUUUGUGACUCACAGUAUCAUUUUGCAUGUUUUUCUUCAAGUUUUUCCCAUGCAUUUUUGAAAACACGGAAAAACUUGGGGGUGGGGGGGAAGCCCCAACUAGCAAAUGAUACUGUGCAUAAGAGAAGAAAAAAACAAUGCUGUUAAGAAGCAUACUUGUACUAUAAAGCCCCAGGUUACCUUUUCCUGUAGCUUUGCUCAAUUCUGUAGGGAUUUUUAAAGAAGUGGUGUGACCAAAACUGCAUAUUUUAAUCAUGGGUGUGUUGUGCAGUGGCUUAAUCGAUAGAGUUUGAAUACAGGAGGCUCA